AUGAAGAACGAAGCAGAUAAGGCGAUAAAUUAUAUGACAGUCUACCUUGAACAGAUAUCCCUCUAUUUUCAAGUAAUAAUUCACGAUCGUAAACCUCGCAACGGCACUUAUUGCAAGGAGAGCAUCGUAAAACUACUAGGCGAAAAUCUGCAGCUCGCUGAUGAGAAUGUCACGCUCUGCUUGGCUCUGGGCUAUCAGAGAGUACAACGGUUGCCGGAGAAAUUACAAGUUCAUUUUGAAACUUUGGAAAAUCUAAAAAAAUAUUCUGCAUCAAAACUAUUUGAAUGUCAAAAGCAACAGCAGGUUGGUGGUAACUGCUCUCAUGAAAGUCAGGACCUCGAGAGAACUGUGUUUCUCUACGAGACAUCGCCUUUCCCAGUAGUAAUGGCUGAAAUUGCAAUACACGGCUUCAAAGAAGUAUCCGACCUCAGUGUAUGUUUGAAGGACAUUAUAUCGAGAAUGAUGACACACUCGGUCAAAGUGAUUGGCGACUUUAACAGGUGCAUUCACAACAUUGAAAUGCCUAAACUUAAGUACUUACUAAAAUUCAUGAAGAAAUAUGCGUAA